AUGGGUUGCUGCUUUACAAAAAAAAAGAACCAACUUAAACCCACAAAAGCUUAUGAAUACAUCAAUAAAAAUAAUAAAAAUGACAAACAAUAAGAACUUGAAUAAUCAUUUAUUUAAGAUGUGGAAGUUAUAAUAAUUGAUAAUAAAGAAGAAGAGUUAGAGAGACACUCACUUAAAUCAGAUUCAGAGUAUUAUUUAUAAACUAUUAUAUAUAGUAUUCAUAAUUGGGAAUAAGGUGAAGUACUUGGAUAAGGUGCUUUUGGGAAAGUAAUAAUGGGACUCUAGAAGAAUGGAUAAAUAAUGGCUGUGAAACAGGUAUUCAUUUAAAAUCAAAAUGAUGAUGUAUUAUAUAUAAAUAUUGUAGAAAGUGAAACAAUUAUAAAAAGAAAUUGAAAUGCUAAGUAAAUUGUAGCAUCCAAAUAUAGUACGUUAUAUUGGAUGUGAAUAGAAAAAUCAAUUCAUAAAUAUAUUUCUUGAAUAUGUUAGUGGAGGCUCAGUCUAUACUUUGCUGGAAAGAUUUGGAUGUUUUAAAGAGAGACUUAUCAAAACAUAUUUGAAAUAAAUACUGUUAGGAUUAAGUUAUUUACAUGCAAAGAAUGUUAUUCAUAGAGAUAUAAAAGGAGGAAACAUCUUAAUUGAUAAUUCUGGUAGAUGUAAAUUAGCAGGUAAUUUCAUACUUAAUUUUAGAUUUUGGUAGCAGUAAAUAAUUGAAUGAUAUAACACAUGAUAGUAUAGGAUCCAUUUGUGGAACUCCAAAUUUCAUGGCUCCUGAAGUAAUCAAUCAAGAAUAGUAUGGAAAAAAAGCAGAUAUCUGGAGUCUUGGUUGUACUAUAAUUGAAAUGGCUACUGGAUAACCACCUUAUUCUGAAUAUAAGGAUGCAAUUGCAAUCAUGGUCAAAAUAGGGAAAUCUACAAAACCACCUCCUAUACCAGAAUAAUUACAAUCUCCUGAAGCUAAAGAUUUCUUAUCUAAAUGUUUAUAAAUAGAUCCUAAAUAAAGAGCUACAGCAGAUGAACUUUUAAAGCAUCCUUUUUUAGAUGAACCUAAAUAAAGUUCAUUAUUGAAAAAGAAAUCAUCUUAUACAUUUAAUUAGAAGCAAGUCUAAACUUAUAAAUAUCAAGUUAAAAAUUCUUUUUUAUUGGAUGCUGAAAAUUAAGAUUAAUAAAUUGAACCAGUCUCACCAUAAUUUUAAGGAUAACAAGGAUAGAGUUAAACAGAAACUAACUUAAUCAACAUUAAGAGGAAGAAAGAAAAACCUCAAUAUUAAUUAGUAAUAGAACCAGAAUAAAAUGAUUGUAUUUUAACAGGAUAAGAAACAAAUAUAGUUGAUAAUCAAAAUAAGUUUCAAUUUUCAGAGUUUAAUGAAACUAACCCCAAAGAAUCAUACAUAAAACCAUUUAAUAAAGAGAACCCAGAUAAUCUAUAAAAAGAGUUGGACCUAAUAUUAGGAUAAUACAUAAGUUGA